GAAGAAGGCUCCUCCCACUCAACAUGGCGUCCUAGUGGAGAGUCCAUGCUCGCUUGUUGACAUAUAUUUAAAACACGUAGCUUAUGCUGUAUUUGUGGAUUUACAACAACUAUAACUAUGUCGAGACUCAUCGUUAAAAACCUCCCUAAUGGGAUGAAGGAGGAGAGGUUCAGGUCGAUGUUUGCUGGCUUUGGCACCGUGACAGACUGCUCUCUGAAGUUUACCAAGGACGGCAAGUUCCGCAAGUUUGGCUUCGUGGGUUUUAAAGCGGAGGAAGAUGCGAACAGAGCUCUGAAACAUUUCGACAAGAGCUUCGUGGACACGUCCAGAGUGACGGUGGAGAUGUGUAAGGCCUUUGGAGACCCCACUAAAGCAAAAGCCUGGAGCAAACACAGCCAGAGCUCAGCCCCGGAGAAACCCUCCACUCCUGCUGACACUGAUAGCAAAAAGAAGAAGAAACAGAAAAAGGAAACCAACAGCGCACUUGGAAAUCUGGAAGAGGACCAGGGAUUCAAGGAGUUUCUGUCAGUACAUCAGAAUCGAAGCCAAGCACCAACCUGGGCAAAUGACACUAUGCAACAAACAACUGAACCUGACAGCGGACAGACGAAAGCUCAGAGCAAGAAGAAACCUGCUUCGGAUGAUUACCUCAACUUUGAUUCAGACGAGUCAGAAGAUGAGGUUGAGGCUGAGGAAGAAGAAGAGGAGGGUGAUGAAGAUGAAGGUGCCACUAAAGAAGCAAUGAAGUCUGGCUUGUCAGAUAUGGAGUACCUGCGCUCAAAGGUGGCAAAAACAGACGACACCAUGGAGGAGAGUGGAGGAGAGGAUGAUGAUGACGAGGGUGGGGAUGAAGAUGAAGAUCAUGGCCCUGUGCAGCACACCGACAGCGCCUAUGAGAGCGGUGACAGAGAAAACAUGUCAAAAGUUAAAACCUCAGUUUUGCCUGAGGAUAAGAAGCAGAGCAAAGUGAAGAAAACCGCCAAGCAAGAGAUGGAGCCAACAACAGAGUUCACAGUGAAGCUGAGAGGAGUCCCGUUCAAUGUGAAGGAGCAACAAAUCCGAGAAUUCAUGACGCCGCUUAAGCCUGCAGCAGUCAGGAUCGGGAGGAAUGAAAGCGGAAAUAGAACAGGUUAUGUGUAUGUGGACUUGCACUCUGAAGAACAGGUGGAAAAGGCCUUGAAGAAGAAUAAAGACUACAUAGGUGGACGUUACAUUGAGGUUUUCCGUGUGGAUGCCUCUGGGGGUAAGGGCAAGAGAGACAGAAAGGACAAAGAAAUCGACAGAAACUUUACCAGGAAGCUUAAGGAGGAUGAGGAGGAGGAAGAUGUUGCAGAGUCAGGUCGACUCUUCAUCAGGAACCUUCCUUACACCUGCACCGAGGAGGAGAUCAAAGAACUGUUUGCUAAACAUGGUCCUAUAUCUGAGAUUCUCUUCCCUAUUGACAAUCUAACCAAGAGACCUAAAGGAUUCGCUUUCAUAAUGUACAUGAUACCAGAGAAUGCUGUGACAGCGCUGGCUCAGCUGGAUGGACACAUAUUUCAGGGAAGGAUGCUUCACCUGCUUCCCUCCACACUGAAGAAGGAAAAGGCUGACUCUUCAGAUGCUGGUGGCCCUGGCUCUUCAUCUUACAAACGGCAGAGAGAUGCUAAAAAUAAAGCUUCAAGUACCAGCUCCCACAACUGGAACACCUUGUUUCUGGGCACAAGUGCAGUGGCAGAUGCCAUUGCUGAAAAAUACAACACCACAAAAAGCCAAGUUUUGGACCAUGAGUCAAAGGGAAGUCUUGCAGUGAGGAUGGCUCUGGGUGAGACACAGAUUGUUCAGGAGACUCGGCAGUUUCUUCUAGACAACGGUGUCAGUCUGGAUUCCUUCAGUCAGGCGGCAGCAGCGAGGAGUACAACUGUGAUCCUGGUGAAGAACCUUCCAGCUGGAGUGACGGCAUCAGAGUUGGAGGAGCUUUUCUCACCUCAUGGCUCUUUGGGCCGGGUGGUGCUGCCGCCCUCAGGCCUCACCGCCAUCAUCGAGUUCCUCGAACCUACUGAGGCGAAACGAGCCUUCACUCGGUUGGCCUACAGCAAGUUCCAUCAUGUUCCAUUAUAUUUGGAGUGGGCACCUGUGGGAGUGUUUGUGGCAGCCAAACCAGAACCAGUAUUAGAAAAAGAGCAGGCAAAGAAAGAGGAGAAGAAGGAUGAAGAGGAAGAAGAAGAGGAGGAGGAGGAGGAAGCUGCUCCUGGUUCCACACUUUUCAUUAAGAAUCUUAAUUUCAGCACGACAGAGGAGAAACUACAGGAGACAUUCUCCAAAUGUGGCAAGAUCACGUCCUGCACCAUCUCCAAGAAAAAAGAUAAAACAGGCAAGACGUUAUCCAUGGGCUAUGGUUUUGUCCAGUAUCAGACAGCAGAGGCAGCACAGAAAGCCCUGAGGCAACUGCAGCACUGUUCUGUGGAUGAUCACCAGUUAGAGCUGAAGAUUUCUGAGAGAGCCAUAAGAGCUACUGAGGUGUCACGCAAGAAGAAGCAAGACGAGAAGAAACAGACAGGAUCCAAGAUUCUUGUGAGGAACGUCCCCUUCCAAGCCUCUGUCAGGGAAAUUCGGGAACUCUUCUGUACUUUUGGAGAGCUGAAGACAGUCCGUCUUCCAAAGAAAGCAGCUGGUUCAGGGAAUCAUAGAGGCUUUGGCUUUGUUGACUUCCUCACCAAACAGGACGCUAAGAAAGCAUUUGCCGCACUGUGCCACAGCACCCAUCUUUACGGGAGACGCCUUGUGCUGGAGUGGGCUGAUGCUGAGGACACAGUAGAGACGCUGAGACGGAAAACAGCCGAACAUUUUCACGUGACCACCAAGAAGAAGAGGAAAGCAGAAGUUAUGGAGGGCAUUCUGGAGACGAUGGAAACUGGUGGAGACGGAGACAACUGAGUUCCCUGAACACUGCUGCCUCUGUCAAAAUCUCUGCCCAGUGUUUCUGUUUUUUUUUCUGUAUAAAUACAACUGAACAACAAAAGGACCUGAGUGGCGCGAGCAGAAUAAGCAAUUGUUCUGAGUUUAUCAGCUGGUGGAAGUUUUGUGGAAAACCAAUGGAUUUAUUAAAUUACACCUGUUUUGUACAGAAUGAUGCCUCAGAGAAAUAUGACUAGACUGAUGUUUGUUUUAUAUAAAAUUUUAUUUCAUGCUUUACAAG